AAUUGACAGUGGUUACAAUGUGUGAUGGAUUUAGAUUGAGCUCGAGUUCUCGGAGGCAUAAAAAUAAGUUAGCAUGGAUGGUAGACUGAUGGAGAUGGGGCUAGAUGGGGUGGGUUUGGUUUUUGUAUCUUCUCUUCGCACAUAUUUGCACAUCUUUGCACAUCUUUGCACAUCCAUCCAUCCAUCCAUCCAUACACAUCCUGGAUAUACAUACAUAUUUAUUUAUUUAUUUAUUUGUUCAUUGCUCCGAGUCAUCCGAGGUGUCCCCAAAGGGAGUAGAGACUGGAGAUACUGAGAAAGAAGGUACCGAGAGAGGGAUGGAGAAUGGACAGAGAAGAGAAACAAAGUUGAACUGAGGAACAGACAAACAAAGUCGAACAGAGAGACAAACAAAGUCGAAAAGACCAUCAAAAACAUAAAAAAGAAUAAAAGAUACCAUAUAAGUAUAUGUAUAUACAUACCAUACAUACCAUACAUAACUGUUCGUGUUUACAUACUAUG